AUGAAGAAGUUGACAUGGGUUGUUCUCUUUUCUUUCAUCAGCUUUUUAGUUUCUCUCAUUCUCCAAUAUUCUGCUCCAGAUAUUCAUCCUGAUUUUGAUGAAAGAAAUCUUGAUUUUUCCUCUGAAAAAGUUUCAGGACAAGACGGCUCUCAGAGUUCAUAUGUAAAAGCUUGCUUGAGUAGGUAUGAAUCAGCAUUGUAUCGUAAAGAAUCGCCACAUAAACCUUCACCUUACCUCAUUUCCAAAUUACACCAAUAUGAAACACUUCACAAACGAUGUGGACCAUAUACAGAAUCCUACAACCGAACCAUAAGAAAACUAGAGCCUGGUCACAUGACCCAUGAACAUGAAACCUCGGAUAACGAGUGCAAGUAUCUUGUACGGAUACCCUUUGAUGGACUAGGAAACAGAAUGCUGAGUCUAGCCUCAGCAUUUCUUUAUGCGCUUCUCACAGAUCGUGUCCUUCUAGUCUAUGACAAUGAAGGUGACACUGCUGAUCUCUUCUGUGAACCUUUUCCUGAAACAACAUGGCUACUUCCACAAGAUUUUCCCAUCAGAAACCGACUUGACUACUUGAAUCAGGAAUCCCCAGAAUGUUAUGGUAACAUGUUGAAGCAUUCAGGAAACUCAUCUUUUGUGUAUCUACAUUUGAUAUAUACCUUUAAUGAUUACGACAAGCUUUUCUUUUGUGAUCAAGAUCAAAUCUUUCUCCAAAAUGUUUCUUGGGUAAUCAUGAAAUCCCAAUUUUAUUUCGUCCCGUCUUUGUUUCUGAUCAAAUCAUUUGAACAAGAACUAGCUACCCUCUUUCCAGAAAAAGAAACGGUUUUCCAUUUCUUAGGUAGGUAUUUGUUCUUCCCCUCAAAUCCUGUCUGGGAACUUAUAACCAGAUACCAUCGCACUUAUCUAGAAAAAUCAGAUGAAAAAAUCGGCAUCCAGAUCAGAAUUUUUGACCCUAGAUUCUUGGCUGCUGCUUUUAACUUCACUACAUCUACACUUGAGGCUGUACCCGACACAAUACUAGCUUGUGCCUACGACAAUAACGUGCUACCCAGAAUCAACCCAAACGGAUCACUAGGAAGCGGGAAGUCUAAAUCUGUUAUGGUGACAUCCCUAACUUCCAAGUAUUAUGAGAUAAUAAGAGAUAUGUAUUGGGAACAUUCGACGGUUAAUGGUGAUGUGAUUGGAGUUUUUCAACCAAGUUCAGAAGGGGGUCAGAAAACCGGAAACAAGAAGCAUGAUAGGAAAGCAUUGGCUGAAAUUUACUUGUUGAGUUUGACUGAUAAGCUUAUUAUUAGUCCCUGGUCAACCUUUGGUUAUGUGGCUCAAGGUCUUGGUGGAUUGAGGCCAUGGAUUUUACAUAUGCCUAAGAAUGAAAUAGUGCCGAAUCCUCCUUGUACUCAAGCCAUGUCCAUGGAGCCUUGCUUCCAAAAACCUCCGUCUAAUGGCUGCAAAAUGAGAACCGGGGUUGAUAGUACUGGUGCACUAGGUUCUUACAUCAGACAGUGUGAGGACACGAGCCAGGGUAUCAAACUAGUUGAUCCCAUGGCUAGUUGAACUUUUAUUUACCCCGUUAAUUUGCAGUUGUAAACUGUCAUAUCGAAAACUA